UAAAAACAAUAAAACACAAAUCUACCGUUCAAUAUAUUCAUAAGUACAUACAUUAUUAUUUUUACUAUUAAUGGUAUUAAGUGCAUAUUACAAUUAUUGUUAAUAGCAGUAAAUAAUAACAAAUCAGUUAUUAGAUCAAUAACAACGUGCGUCGUCAUGGAUGACAUAGAAAAGCUGAGUUGCAGAGAAGAGAUUUUAGAAAUGAGUGAUCUGGAGCACUCUGCAACCGACGAUUUUAGAGAAACGGAAGGAAAAUCAAAAAAGAAGAAAAGAAGACGCCGCGAAAUAGAUAUGAACUCAGGGAAGCAUAUUUUUAAAAAGAUAAAGCUGUCAGAUGACGAUGAGACAGAUGAUGAGACUAUGAUGAAAAAAAUGAUGCGGAACUUCAGCCCCGGACCUAACUCACCAGCUUCUCACAGAGAACCACGGACUUGUGUCCUGAAGGCUAGUCAAAAACGUCGUCCACUCUCCCGUUUGCUUGAACAGCUACUACGGAACUUAGAGAAAAGAGACCCACACCAGUUCUUUGCUUGGCCCGUCAAUGAUAACUUUGCACCAGGCUACUCCACCAUCAUCAAGAAACCCAUGGAUUUCUCUACUAUGAAGCAGAAGAUUGAUGAUAAUGAAUACAAAUCCCUUAAUUGUUUUAUUAGCGACUUCAAACUGAUGUGCAACAAUGCCAUGAAGUACAACAAACCAGGCACCGUGUACCACAAGGCAGCGCGGAGACUCUUGCACGCCGGCCUCAAGCAGCUCACUCCGCAGAAACUGAGGCCACUGGGAGACAUCCUCACCUAUAUGUACGAGAUACCCAUUAGAGAGCUAGGAUUCGACAUGGGGAAAAUGGAUGUGCAGAGGGUGCUCAAACGGAACAGCCCCGUGAAGAGCGGGGGCUCCGAGCCCGAGGGCCCCGGGGACCCGGACUCCGUCAAGAUACACAUGGAGGCCGCGCGCGAGCAGCACCGCCGGAGACUCGCCAAGAAAGCCUUUCCGAGAAUGGACGCGGAAGGGAAGACAACAUUGUGCCUGGUCACCAACACGGUUGAGGGGAACGGUGAAGACAAACCCAUGACCCUUGGAAAACUCAUCGGGAAACUGAAUCAGGGGACAGGAACUUUACACACUCCACGGGAAGACCGUCGCAACGUGGCGAAGGGCGUGAAGCCCUUGAACUACGGCCCCUUCAGCUCGUACGCGCCCUCCUACGACGGAACCUUCGCCACCCUCACCAAGGAGGAGUCGCACCUCAUCUAUCACACGCUACCAUCAGAAACGGGACUAGGAAACGAGGAGAUGCUGCGGUUCGCGCCGGACUCUCCAUGGGCCCUGCUCUACGACAUGGAGGCGCUGUUCCCGGACAAGAAGCACGCGGCUGAGACCGCCCCCCCGCCCCACGACAACGAGCUGUCUAAAGUGAAGAUAGACCUGGAGGAGUUGCGCUCGCUGUCGGCGCUGGGCGUGGACGUGGAGUUCGUGGCGGAGGCGGAGCGGGCCGCGCGCGACCUGGGGCUCGGGCCCGCGCUCGCGCACACCGCGCAGCUCUUGCAGCGGUUGCAGCACGAGCAGCACCAGCGGCUGUCGUCCCCGCCGCCGUGGCACCUGUCGCUGUCCCGGGGCGCCAGCGGCUCGGAGCGCGAGGUGGCGCGGCAGACGGCGGCGUGCCUGCGCGCCAUGGCGGCCCGCGUCACGCCCGCCGACCUGGUCGACGUCACCGCGCUGCGGAAGGCCAUGGGGGUUACACUCGACCAUUUGGACACUCCAAUGGCCGUGGACGACUUCGAAAUGGAAAUGCACGAACCUAAGGAUUUCAUGUCAGAUCCUGACUCUAUGUCAAGCCACGACAAAUAAGUUAUUAAAUGUAAUAUGAUUAGUGCUAGACUAAUGUAUGAAUAAGGAUAAUUAAUAACAGUGACAACAUGAAUUAUAUUUGGUA